GUUCCGGUUCCGGUUCCGGCUGGAGGCUGCACCUGCGGCGAGGGCGUGUGGCUAUGGCUUACUCCACCGUGCAGAGGGUGGCCCUGGCCUCGGGGCUCGUUCUGGCAGUGUCCCUGCUGCUGCCUAAAGCCUUCCUCUCGCGCGGAAAGCGGCCGGAGCUGCCCCCGGUUCCCGAAGGAAAGUUGGGUCGAUUCCCACCUGUGAUGCAUCACCACCAGGCACCUUCAGAUAGCCAGACCCCUGGGCCUCGUUUCCAGAGGUCUCACCUUUCCGAGGCCUUCGCAAAGGCCAAGGGAGCAGGUGGAGGAGCUGGAGGAGGAGGCAGUGGAAGAGGCCUGAUGGGGCAGAUUAUUCCAAUCUAUGGUUUUGGGAUAUUUUUAUAUAUAUUGUACAUUCUGUUUAAGCUCUCAAAGGGGAAAGCUGCAGAGGAUCGGAACUGCUCUACUCCCACACCUGGAAAUGCCCACAGGAAAAUUACCAAUUUUGAGCUUGUUCAACUGCAAGAAAAACUGAAAGAGACAGAGGAAGCCAUGGAAAGAUUAAUCAGCAGAGUGGGGCCUAAUGGUGAGAGCAGAGCACACACCGUGACUUCAGACCAAGAAAAGCGGUUACUGCAUCAGCUCCGAGAAAUUACCAGGGUUAUGAAAGAAGGAAAAUUCAUUGACAGACCCUCUCCAGAGAAAGAAGCUGAGGAGGCCCCUUACAUGGAAGACUGGGAAGGUUACCCUGAAGAGACUUACCCAGUUUACGACAUUUCAGAUUGCAUCAAACGUAAGCACAAAAGCAUCCUGGUGGAUUACCCUGACCCAAGAGAACCUUCUGCUGAAGAAAUAGCUGAAAGAAUGGGAGUGCUCACAGAAGACUCAGACCAUGUGGGUUGGGAAAUGCCCACUGACCCCAUUGCCCAGGAAGAUAAUUCUGCUCACUCUUCUGACUCAAAGCCAAAAGCAUGUUCCUGCCAUUUUCAUGAAGAAGAGGAUCCUGCUGUCUUGGCAGAAAACACAGAAUUCAGUAUAGACAGUCACAGUGAGCAGGAAGAAACCACCAAGGAAGUAUGGCCCCAAGACUUCAGAGACGAAGGAAUGAGCGUCAACACCAAGAUGGCAGCAUAUAGAGGUGGCAUGUUGAGGAGGCGGAACCCACAGGGUUUAGAAUGAAAACAGCCAGUUUGGUGAAAUCUGCUACUAUUGUCCUGGGGUGACCUUUUCCUGCUCUGAUUUCAUUCUCUGCCCUGUUUCCCAUACUUCCUAUGUUCACAUACCAUAGCCAGUAGCCACAACCAUAGAUGUCAUGUAUCUUACACACCUGUCACCUUGUAAAACAGACCAUUGUGAACAAGACAGCUUCAGUCUCUCCCUCCAUCAGAGUUGAGCCAUCAGGGCAUUAUGUUUAUUCUAUUGUGAUUAUAGGUGGGACUGCAGGACAGAGGUCUGGCUCUGUUGUAGGAGUAACAGAUGUCUUACCUGGGAGCAAAUGUCACCUUUCGCAUGAUGAGGCUCAUAGUUGCAGGAAUGAAGAUUUCAAUUCCAAGUCUCCUUAUUGUCUGGGCCUUGAGCAGGUUGGUUGUCCCUGGGCUUGGGAAAACAUUUUUAUGAGGACAAUGGGGCCAGAGCAGGGUAAGGCUAUUGUUUGAGCUGAAGCCCCUUCCUACACAGUGAGGGCCUUGUUUUUGUCUUAAAGGAAAGCAAUGAUGACCUCAGAUACCUUUCACCAGAGUAGCAUUUCCCACUGACCUGAGAAUGAAUACAGAGCUCUAUUGGGCUCAGAUACUACCUGGAUCUCUAGUUUCUUUCACCUAUGCUCUGCUUAAGUGAACUGCUAAAUCCAGAAGCACCUCUGACCUUCAGCAGCCAGCAGAAUUUUAGAUAAACUAGUUUUUGCCUUGCAGACAUUAGCAGCUGUGGGAAAGCCUGCCCUAGUGGUGUCCUGCCAUGAGAUGUCAGAAGGUCAAGGGGCCAGUGACAAGGAAGCAUGUCCUGAUGGACUGUACUUACCUGUGUGUCAUGCCAGGAAAGUUUGUUCUUAAACCAUAUGAAGUGAAACAAGAAAGGUUGAGCAUGUAAUCUGCCAGCCCAGCAGGGAAGUUGCAGAGUUCCAAUUUGCUGUGCCAGAGGAGGAGACCAUUUGUUUCACUAUUUGGAUAUCUGGUUCAUUUGAUAGUACUGGAGAAAAAGUAACAAGUAGAUUAGAACUGAAGGGGUUCUGACCAAACCAAAGGCCUAAUGUCUAAACUGCUAGGUCUAUCUUAACAUGGCACUUGUGAACCUAAGAAGGAUGAAUGGAUUCAGGUUUACCUGUAUGACCUGAGUUUAAAGUAAGUAUACACCUAAGGACAGCCCCAGUCAUAAAAUAUAGAAAGCCUGCAAAUUAUGUAAAGGCCGAAUGGCUUUUAGAGUUCAUUAUGCCUGGCACAAUUGGUACAAAUGAGAUGCCUGGGAAAUAGUUUUAAUCACAUGAUAAGCUUACCAACUGCUGUCAGGUGUGGCCUCAUCUAGACAAGAUUAGGCAUUCUUGUUAAGUCACUGAAAGUGAGUCUAUAGAAAAUAGUUUGCAUCUAUCUCCAUGUAGAACAUUUGAUUCACUUAUAAAGAGUGUAAUUUAAAAUGCACUAAAAACAACAAGGUAGGUGCUCUUCACUGUGAUGAUAAAUUGUCCCUCUCCUUUUUUGAUGGGUGCAUUUAUUUGAACCAGGGAGUCUGGAUUCUCCUCAUCUUUUUGGCUUAGGAUAGAAUUCUCCAGUUAGAGGUACAUGUUAGAUCCUUUUAGCCUGUUCAUUUAUUAUACACCACUCAGAGAGACACUGGAAAAAGCUCAAUUCCCACCUUUAAAAAUAUGCGGUUUAAUAUGGGGGUCUCAUCCAAUUUACUUUUAAAUGAACUAUAAGUGGGUUCAAGAUUGUGAGUUUUUCAGAAGAGAGGUGUUGCUUGAUCCCACCCAGCCUAUUCUAUGUGUAGAAGCUUGAGAUAGCUCCUUAACUUUAAGCCUUGAUUUUUCUUACAUCCCAGGUAGGUGAGUAAGCCUAGCUCUUGUGGGCUGGUUAUGAGACUAAAUGAAAUAAUCAGGACUUGUAAAGUAGCACUGGUCCUAUCAUAAGCGUUAACUACUUAAGUGGUAGUUAAUUUACUUCUGUAUUUCCUAGAGACUUUACCAAGGAGGUUCACAAGGAUGAGAAAGGACAUUCUUGAUAGAAAGUCAUGCUGUAGAAUUUUGAUAAGGCUGGUAUGUAAGGUAUCACAGAGCCAACUAUUCUGAAUGUUAAUGCAAUCAUUUUGAAUGGGCUGACCAAAAAGUGGGUCUGGCUUUUGAUUUUUGCCUGCUGCCUCUUUCCUCAUGGCCUUCAUUUCUCUGCAUUGGUGCAGCAUUUGAUCUGCCACAGAGUACAGAUUCAGACCUGUGGGAGCAGGCACUUGGCCUAGGAAACAAGCCCACCCUAUGGGACCACAGUUGGUGACAUAGGUGGGUGAUUAGCCUAAUGAUCUCCUCCUGGCGCUAACAGGAAAGUGCUUCAGUUGCUCAGGGCUAGUGAUGUUUAUGAUCUGGAAGCCAAGUUCAGGGGGGGUAAACUGAGGGGUAGAGGCCUGUGAGAACCACACUCUGUGCCUUCCAUGGCUUGGGUGAGCAAACAACUAUGGUCCUAACCGGGACACAGGGAAAAAGACAGCUCUAGCAAUAAUUAUGCAAGGACAGUGGUUGUAAACCAGGACUAUCGUGGAUCUGUGUCCAUCUAAAAGAUUUGUUAGAGAGUUGGUUCAAGGCAACAGGAUAGGAAAAUCCUGACCUUAUUUCCUUCCAUGGACACAACAAAUCAGAACUAAAAAAGAUAGUUUCUCAGGCAGAAAAAUGCUAACAACUUCACCACUCAACCAGCCUCACAAGACUAGUAGCAAAUAAACAUGGGAAGCAAAAAAAUCUCCUGCUAAAAGUAUAAAAAGCAUAACAAAAACCUCAACCAGUCAGCGUAUACUUAGAUUUUUUUAAAUGAUAUCAGAAACAAAAUGGGCUUGAAAGAGUAAAAAUACUGUUAGAAUGAAUUCAACUAAGUUGCUGUCAACUUAUAAACAAUAAAAUUUUAUAUACAAAGGCUGUCAUGUGAACUUCCUGCUAACAACAAAGCAACAAUCUGUAGUAGAAACAAUGUAAAUGCAAUCUACACAUAACAAGUGUCAUCAAACUUCACAGGGAAGUGAACAAGAGAAGAACAGAGGAAAAGAGGGAUUAUAUAAUAGCCAGAAAACAAAAUGGAAAUAAACAUGUACCUACUGACAAUUACUUUAAAAUAUAAAUUGGACUAAAUUCUCAGUAGCUUAAUGGAUAAAACACGAGCCCCAUCUACAUGCGGCCUAUUGACAACCGGAGAUCCACGUCCAGUGUAAGGAUGCGCAGACUAGAAGUGAGGAGAGAGAAAGACAGCCGGUACACAGUGGGGAGGGGUGGCAAAGGGGGAAGGUGGGGAAGCCAGUUGCUUAGUGGGCAUGGUACAGUUACUGAGGUGAGAAGCUGUACCCCUAAAACCUAAUCAAUAUUGUAUACAAUGUUGCCUCAAAAAAAAGAAACUAAUUUCACUCAUGUUCAUAGUCAGCCUAAUAUGACAGAAGAUACACAUUAAUAAUGACAAAAGGGUCAUUCUGCCAAGAAGGACACUAAAACAAAGCAAAACUUAUUAGACCUAAAGGGAGAAAUUGACAGCAACACAAGUCAUAAAGUGGGGGACUUUUAGAUAUCCCAUAUAUCAAUGGAUGGAUUAUCUAGAGACAUCUUAAAUAACACAUUAGACUGGAUGAACUUAAUGUACAGGAUACAUAAUCUCAAGUACACAUGGAUAGAUUGUAUAUCAUAAUAUAAAACAAGUCUCAAAUUUAAGAGUGAAACCAUAUCAAACAUUUCUACCACAAUGGUAUGGAAACAAAUCAGUUACAAGAAGAAAGCUGGAAAAAAAAUAAGGCCAAUGUGGAGAUUAAAUAAUACGGUUGAAAUUAAACAAUUUGCUUAAACAAUAUUAAAGAAGAACACCAGAUACAUUCUAACCUCACACCUACAGCAAGAAGAAAAAGAAAACCUAAAGUCAGUGGUAGGAAAUAAAAAUCAGAGCAGAAAUAAGUGACCAAAAAGUCCAAGGAAAAGGCCAAUUAAUCUUUGAAAACAUAAUAAUUGACAAGCCUUUAGCUAGAAUAAGAAAAAAAGCUUCAGAUAACAUCAAACAGGAAUCACAGUGGACACUGCAAAAAUACAGAGAAUUAGGAAAGACUGCUAUGAAUAUCUAUAGGUGAACAAAUUAGACAGCCCCCCUCCAAAAUAGAUACAUUUUUAGAAGCAAACCACCUUUUAAGAAAGUCAUGAAGAAGUAGAAAUCAGGUCAGAUCAACCAAUCACCAGUAUGGAGACUGAAACAGUACAACCACAAACUGCAAAGAAAUCAAUAAUCAGCCAGGGUUGGAAAAUUACAGGCUUGUAUCCCUAAUAUACACA